GUCCCACUUUUUACUAAGAAAUAAGCGGGUUUAGCAGAUAAAAUGAUAGAAAAAUGGAUAGUUGUAAACAGUUGUUAAAUAUGUUAAGUGAACGAUUAAGUUUGAUGGUAUUUAUUAUGGGGUUAAAGGGGAAAAACGGGCAAAAUAAGGGAUUUAAGAUGACAUAUGGAGUGAUUAUGUUGAUAAUUUUUCUUUGUUUGGGGUUUGGAGGGGUAUUUUAUGAUAAAAAAGGAAGUAAAAUGAUAUUAUUGAAAAAAUGGGCAAAAAAUGUAAGAAACGAGGGAUUUUAUAGAGGAAAAGGAAAAAGAACGAUGGUAUUUAUGGGGUUUUUAGUUUUUUGUUAUAUAUUUUUGCUUUAUAAUGUAGCAAUGUGUUUUAGUGGACUACGAACGAUAAUAAUGGUAUUUCCAUAUAAUAUAAUUCGUAUGAUUGUGAAUGGGGAUUCUAAGAGAAUUUUUAUAUAUAAAAGGAAUUUUUUAUUUUUAUUAUUUUUUUUAGUAUUGAUUGAUUUUUUGAAGAGUUUACGAUUGAGAGUGAUUUUUGGGUAUUUUUUUGUUGGACUUAUAUGGAUUUUAUCAUUUUAUAUUGAUAUUCCAAUGAAUUCGAACAGUUUUUUAUUUUCUUCUUUAUAUUGCAUACCAAUUGUUUUAAUUGAAUUUUUUAUGGGUAUUGAUGGAUCUAGAUAUUCUAUAUCUACUUUUUUUUUGGUUAUUUUUUCAAGUAUGGUUCAUAUAAUUUUAAGAUUUGUAAAGACAUUUGAUUCUAUAUAUAUGAUUAAAUUUUUCUGGCCUUUCUCUACAGUGAUGAUGGUAUUUAUGAAUUAUGUAUUCUUUGGGGAAUAUCCUGGUUUAAUUGAUUUAUUGAGUUUAUUUUUGAUGUAUUAUUGCUUUUAUAAAUCUUUAAAUAGUCCUGAAAGCUACAUAAAAUAUCAUUCUAAAGACGAUGUUAUAGGUAUACGUAGAGUAAAAACUUAUUUAACACUUAUUAUGAAAAAUCAUGAUUCUCGAAAUAUUUUUUUAUUUUUUUUUCUGAAUUUGACAUUUAUGUUUAUACAAUUGGGUUAUGGUAUCUUUUCUAAUUCGUUGGGCCUCAUUUCUGAUUCGAUUCAUAUGGCAUUUGAUUGUUUUGCAUUAUUAGUUGGGUUAUUAGCCUCUAUUAUAAGUAAAUUCCCUCCGUCAUUUACAUUUCCGUUUGGUUUCUCAAGGAUAGAGGUUCUUUCUGGCUUUGUGAAUGGCUUACUUUUAUUAUUAUUAUCUAUAUCUAUUGUUAUAGAAGCAGUUUCACGGCUAUUAACUCCAAAAGAGAUCCAUUUAGGAAAGCUUCUUCCUGUUAGUAUUAUUGGUUUUAUUAUUAAUCUUUUUGGAAUUUUUUUAUUUAGACAUGGACAUAAUCAUAAUCAUAAUCAUAAUUUAGAUGGUAUCUAUUUUUUAGAAAAGAAACAUGAGAGCAAUGACUCUAUACAUAAUCAUUUUUCGAACAAUUAUAUUGAUGAUAUACAUAAUAAUGUCAAUAUUUAUGGUGUGUUUUUACAUAUAUUCGCUGAUACUCUUGGUUCAUUUGGUGUAAUUGUAUCAACAUUACUUAUACAUCGGUUUAAAUGGCCGGGAUUUGAUUCUUUGGCAUCAAUUCUUAUUGCAGUUUUGAUAUUUGCUUCUUCUAUUCCUCUAAUUUUGUCAUCUGCCAAGAACCUUCUUUUGAUUGUUCCUCAUGAUUUCGAAUAUAAUGUUUAUAAUGCACUGAAUAAAAUAAAAACGCAUUCAGGAAUUUUAUGUCUUGAAAACUAUAGGUUUUGGAUGAACAAUGAAAAUACAAGUAGUGGAAUAAUUCGUGUGAGUGUUAAGAAUGAUCAAGAUUUAAAUAUUAUUCGUCAAGAAAUAGAAAAAGUAUUAAAAGAAUCUAUAAAAGGACUUGUUAAUGUCACUGUUGUUACUGAGAGACGCUGAUCAAAUUAAGUUUGAUAAAUCUAUUUUAAAGAAUUUUUUAAAACAU